AUGGCUCAUGAUUUUCCUGCAGACUUGGUGAAGACCACCGACAAGUUCUCAACAGAACUAAGUCAGUUCGAUGGUAUCAGCGUAGAUGAUGUUGCGCGACUUUGGAAAGCGUACACCACACAGAGUGCUGUUGUGCGAGAUGUCGUGGUGUCUCGACUGGAGAAUCUCUUUUGGAGGAUAUGGGGAAAUGCUGCUAUCCAACAGAGUCUGUCUGGUAGCGUGUUGGCGACCUUGUUCCUGGCCAUAAAUGAAGAGCCUUCACUUAACAUUACCAACUACCGUCCGCCCUCAAAGGGUUCUACUUCCACAACUUCCAACAAUGUCACCAAAAUCCAACAUGACGAUAACGAUUCACCACCAAAGAACGAGCGCAAAAAUCCACUUCCACCUAUCCUCAAGAAAUCUACCGAUGGAACAAAGAGUGUACCUCCUAGCGAACCGUCAUCUCAUAAGACGACAAGGAUUCUUGUUCCCGAGAAACCAAGCGAGAGGCCAAGUCAAAAGGCGACCGAAGAUACGACUAGCACAGAAAAUGGAAAGGGGAGCAAAUCAGCGUCGACAUCCGCAACACAAAAGCCAAUUCGCAAAAGACCAACUUUUGUGGCAAACAGAGCAGCGUCAUCGAGACGGCGAGGCGUAUUAAUUAGGAGGAAAUCAUCGCAAACAUCUCCUGUUACGUCUCCGGCUGUUGAAGAAACGGAAGAUAGCUUUCAAGAACAGAUACAAGCACAAGAGGAGGCGCGACAAGAGGAGCAAGCGAAAGAAACGACUGCACCUCCUAGCCCUGCUAAAGACGCCGAAAUUUCGUGGCGUUCCAUGUCUUAUUUGAAGAAGUUCGAUGAAGACAGCAGGAACGCGCUCACUGAACGAGAAGGCGAUACAUCAGGCACAAGCCCUCCUCCCACGAAUUUUUCAGUUAGUAGCGUCCGUCACCACCGUAGCCCAGAAGAGCAUUUCCGAGUCGCCAGUCAAGAGAAUGCGCAAAAUGGUAUGGUGUCCGACAAGUCACUUGUUGAGCAGGACUUUCGGACGAAUUUUAUUCAAAGACAGCGGCAGGUAUCUGCAUUCACCACCAGAAACAACAGCGCAGCAUCUCCUCUUACGACGCGGCUCAGUUCGACGAAUUUUCGGGAAAUGCUCAAUGCCGCAGAAGCUGCUGCUGCUGCUGCUUCGAUGCAGAGGAAAGACAGCAGUGGUGCAGCUCGCAGCCUAUCACCAGGGCCACGAUAUAUCCUUCUUCCUAAACACGACGGCCCUAUCAACGUUUCAUCAACAAUGGCCUCGCCGAGACGAAAAUCGGAUGGUAGAGAUCACAGUCGACGGCCGAUCAUUAUCAAUACAUCAUCUUCUUCAAAUGUAUCACCGGAACGACGACCUGAUGAUAAAGAACCCGGUUCUAAUUAUCCCUCGGCGGCAGCAGUCUCAGAGUCGGUAAUAUCGACAUCACAACAAACAACAACCGGUGUCUUUUCGGUCCCGAAAGAGUCCCAGGAACUUCUCGGGGAGCAAUUGGCUAAUUUGAUAAAGGGGAAGGGAAAAGAAAAUAAGACCAAACGGGGCCAACGAAUAGGAUCUUAG